AUGUCGCCAGAGUCGCAAUCGUCGUCUCGGUCGCUUUAUGAACACUCCACUCAACAUCAGCACUGGAAUUUGUCUCAUGAAGAGCUUCAAGAGAAGCGUGCGCAACUGAAUGGUGGUUCCGUUCAAACCAUUCGAUCCACAUUUGAAGCUGACGAUCCAGGUUCCUCAGCAAAUAUUCAAUUUCUUACCCCCGAAGAUGAACUUAUCUUGGUGAAACUUUACAUGACAAAGAUUGGACAGUUAUGCGCCCAUUUUCGAAUGCCUGAAGUUGUCGAGGCUACUGCGUGCACCUAUCUCCGAAGGUUCUAUUUACGAAACACAGUUAUGGACUGGCACCCUAAAAAUGUUAUGCUAACUACAAUCUUUCUGGCGACAAAGACUACCAACAACCCUAUUCCGUUGGAGACUUAUGUCUCACACAUCCCGAAGACAACCCCAUCCGAUGUUCUAGAUCUCGAGUUUCUAGUGGCUCAGAGUCUAGGAUUCGAGUUCGUGGUGUGGCACGCUCACAGAGCUCUUUGGGGCAUCUACCUCGACGCCCAAACACUUCAGAAUAUACCUUUCAAAACUUUGCACGAAGCCUACAUUGCUGCCGUUGGUGGCGUUCGCAUCUCCCGCCUCACUGAUGUGGAACUCAUUUACUCCCCAUCCCAAAUCGCGCUCGCCUGCUUGCACGCUGUUGCUCCUGAAAUUGCUGAGCAAUGGGCGACAGCAAAAGGGGAGCAAGAUGUUAUCUCCGUUCUACCCGGAAUCAACGCCAUUAUACAAGAUGAGGGUGUAGUACCUGAUUUAGAGACUGUGCGGGAGAUUGACAAACGAUUGAAGAUAUGCAAGAACCCCGAGAAAGUUGUUGGCAGUAAAGCAUAUCUCAAAAAGCAGGCAGAAGAGGAGGUAAAGGGGAGAGAAAAAAGAGAGAGAAAGGCAGCAGAAAUCCGUGCAGCAGAAGCGGUUCGCGAUCCAUUCAGCGAUGACCUCGCUGUUGGAGCAACGCCCACCUUGAUGGAACGGUCGCUGGACGAUGACGACGAUUAAAUCAUGAUUGUUGGAGCUACAGCAUCAAAAAGUAGUCCAAUCUGUUGGAAAAAUACAUAUGUGCGAUUGAACAAUUUGCAGAUGAUAUAGGGUAUUAUGACCAAGAGUCCAAGACCACAAUUAGUUGAAUGAACGGU